AUGGGUGGCAAAACUAAGCAUGCACAAAGGACAAAGAAUAAUGUUAAGCCCUCCAGUAGCGCGCGCAGUGCCGAACUACUGGGUACCACAGCACCGGUAUUUGUGGGCUUUUCAGCCCAUUCCGAUUUGGGGCUGAUACCAUUCGUACCCGGUUUUGGAACAGCCGCUGAACAAAUGCCCGAUACCUUUGAUGCCAGCAUUUCAACACCAUAUCAAUUGACCCUAAAGAAGCUAUCGAAAAAAGAUCCCAUGACCAAAAAGAAAGCGCUGCAGGAAUUCAUCGACCUCAUCAAUCAAUCGGAUAUGGAUGAAUUGAAAACGAUAUUACCCCUCUGGCCGAAAUUCUAUCAAAAUUUGGCCACCGAUCCGGAACAUUCAGUACGUGAACUCACCCAGACGGUACUGCAAAUACUCGUCACGAAAUGUAAAAAAGCCAUAGCACCCUAUUUGAAACAACUCGUCCCGGUCUGGCUGGCCAGUCAAUAUGAUAAUUAUGCUCCCGCGGCCAGUAUAGCUAGCAACUGUUUUACGGAAACAUUCGGCGCUAAGCUGGCCGAUGUUUGCGUCCACUGUCAGGUGGAUAUUUUAGAAUAUGCCAGUCGUAAUUUGACAUUUCACACAGCCGCUACCCUAUCGACGGGUAAAAGUUUAACUGCCGAGGAGGCAGAACAAAAAUAUCAACGUGUUGUCGUCAGCAGUCUCAAGGAGUUGUCGUUUUUUGUCGAACAAACUCAAAAGGCCGAGGAUCAAAGUAAAAUCAAGGAACUGCUGGCAAAACUAUUGGAACAUCAGAAAUUCUUUAGUUUUGCCAAAAAUAAAUUGAAUGCCAUAAAGGCAGCAUGGUUCGAAUUCUUCUAUCAUCUACUACAAAGCCCGGAGCUAUUGGAAAUUGUGUCGGAACAUAAAACCCAAGUGACCACAGUGUCAUUUCAAAAUAUUGAUGAAUCGGAUCCCUUGGUGGCACCCCACGUCUGGGGUUGUAUAUUGCUGAUACAGGCUAAUUUUAAAGAUUGGUCCCAAACAAUUGAUUUCCGUGAAAAAGUAUGGCCGAAAUUUAGUCAUUUACUACGAAAUGGCUUCAAUCGUAAUGCCCAGGCAAUCUGCCCCAACAUUUUACCCUUCUUUUCCCAGCUCAGUCACGUUACUCCGGACAUUUUGGAAUAUCAUAAUUUUAUUAAACAAUUCUUUGAUCAUCUCAAAGAAGUUCUACUACCCAGCGAUGCCGCACCAGCAAUUUCCAAACAGGAUACAAUUAUAAUAAUUAAAACCUACUUCGAAUGUCUGCGAUAUCUAAGUCAAAAAAUCAAUGUAACUUCCAAGGAGGAAACUGGAAUUUCAAAAGAAAAUCAAGAACUAUUGGAACGCCUGCUCGAGGAGAAUGUAAUGGAACCGCUGGAAAAAUGCUUGGACAGCACAAAUGCUGUGGCAACACGUUACAUUUUUCAAAAUGCCUGUACUCUGGUGGCAUUUUUCGAUCGGCAACAUGGCACUUCAAAAAUCUAUCAACUGCUGUUAGAUAAAUUUUGGUCGGCCCUAUUCAAAGUGACCACCGGGGGUCUAAAUCAAUCGGAUGAUGUCAGUGAAUUAUAUUUGGAACGGGUCAUUGAGCUAAUCAAUGACCUCUACGUGGCCAAUCCAAGUUUGGAAGAGCACAAGGUGAAAUUUAUUGAACCCGAAGUGGUGACAGAGGAGAACGCAGAAGAAAAUUCCACCACCCAGGAACGUCCACGUACACCAAAAUCCCCUAACCACGCAGCGGCUGCUGAUUUCCGCCAGAAAGAAUUAAAACAAUUGGUUUUACAAUUGUUAAGGAUCUGCAUUCAAAAAACUCAAACCCUCAAAACAUCGAAAUACAUUAAAAAUGUCCGACUGUUAUGUAAUAUGUUCAAUGAUUGUGAUUUCUAUACGAAGCUAAGUGAAAAGGAGAGCCUCGAUGCAGCUCUAAUGACAUUUGUCCAGCUGCUAAGUGGUGCAUCCUUUAUGAACGACAACGAGGCCUGUGAAAUUGUCGUCGAUGUUAUUUUUGAAAUACUCGCACAUUUUGAGAAGUCCAAACGUUUUGAAUAUAUCGAUAAGGAAUUGAUAAAGAUUCCCCAUCAUCUGACACAAACCCUGGUUUUAAAUCGCCUACUUUCCCAUCCAUUGUGUAUUGAACCGGAAAUUCGAACAAUUCUAUCCCAGCCGGAAAUAACGAAAAUCAUUCAUCAAGUUGCCAUCGAUGUGGUGAAAAAUAAUUCCAAAGAUCUUUUCAAUCUUUUGCAUAAAUGUUUCUUUGAGACGGAUACCGGAGAGAUAUUGAUAACCCCACAAACUGUCGAUAUAAUACUAAUGACCUUGUCGAAACCUCUUACCGAAGAUGGAGAGGCAGAAGAAGAAGAUGCUGAAAAUGACGAAGAAGAUGAACCCCUGCAAACCGAUGUCGAUGCUUGCGGUAGUUUUAUAGCCCAAAUAAUGCCGGUGGUCUGCUCCAAAGAGAAUGCCUCCCUCUCCGUGAAACAUGAAAUUUUUGUUCGGCUCUUCACAUUUAGUAUACAGAAAUCGGUUAACGAUUAUAUAUCCGAGGAUACCCUGUGGGAAAUAACAACAUGUUGGCAGGAUGCUUUAUCAAGUGAGGAUAUCCUAUUGGACGAUGAGCUAUUGGCGAGAUGUUCGCAAAUCAUUGAUGAACAGGCAGCCAAGGCAGAGUUGAUCCCAACAAAUAUUGAUUCCAUAGCGGAGGCAACAGCCAAAUUUGUAACCUGUUCCACGGAGAACAUCGAAGAUGAAAAGGAACGUUACACAAAAAUCGAUGACAUUCUCAAGGCCAUUCUGCGAAAUGAUGGCCAAAAAGAAAAUGAACUGCUGAAUGUUUGUCUAUUCAUCGAAUCCCUCAAGGGAUUGGCCACACCCAGUUCGGGUUUUACCAAAAAUGUGAAUAACAUCGAUGGCUUACACAACCUCCUGCAAAGAUCUCUAUUGAAUUUCUCCAUACUCAGUAAAUUGGUGUGUGGCAAGACACCUGAGAGCAGCCUGCAAAAUAAAAACACUGAAGCCGCCUCCGCUGCUGGUGCCUCCAGCAAUGAUGAGGAGAUUACUGAAGAUUAUUGUGAUCCAAAUGAAAAUCUCCUCAAAGUGUGGUCCAACUAUCUACAAAUGGAACUACUGAAAUACAUUAAUCUAGCAGCGGCUGGAGAUUCCCUCAUCGCAAAUUGUGAAUCGCUAAAAGACACCAUCCAAACCCUCUGCUUAGAACUUUCCGAAAAGGCCCAAUCAUUGCUGCGCAAUGCUGGAGAAUUAAGUAUAACCCUGAAGGAACUGCUGAUGGAACAAUCGGCCAAGGAGCAACACUUGGCCUAUUAUCGUUCCUUACCAUAUCUGGUGAAUAUUCCGCAAUAUGCGCAAUUUGAAGAGAGCGGUCCACUGCUAUUGGCCGAGGAUUUACAGGAGUAUUUUGCCCAGAGGAAAACCUUCAAAGCCUAUAUGGGAGCCCUACAAUAUAUUCUACCAAAAUUGGAAGCCAAAACCAUCGAUUUACAAUGUCCGAUAAUGCGUUGUGAACCCGCUGAGAUCUGGAUAAAGGCUGGUGUAUUUCAUGCUCUUCUCGAGAAUAAUUUCUCCCUGUCAUAUAACGAGAAAUCCGAUGAGAAUAUUAUUUCAAUUACCGUGCAAUUUAUUACCGAACAUUCGGAUAAGUUGCAUACGCAAAAGGAUUUGUUGUUGUAUCAGAGUGAAAUACCCAAACAGGACCUGGUCAACAUCUUAAAUGCCGUCGAAUAUAUAAAAUUAUUAGCCUGUGCCCUGCAGCGUAUACCCCAUCAGUUGACAAUUAAAAAUUGGGAUGUCAUUCGCAUCGGUUUGGGUCAUUGGAUAUUGAGUGUUACAAAAUCGUUGGAUUAUGCCUUGGAAAAUGCCGACCAGAAGAGUUUAUAUUUCACCCUGCAUGUUUUUAAAUUAUUUGCCGCGCUGACGAAAUUUUUCCACGAGGAAAAACAAAAAAGUUCUACCGAACUUUUGAAAAAUGUCUACGAUGAAUGGUUGAAUGUGUUUUCGCGCGAUGUCUACUUGACAAUAUUCAAAACGUUCUAUAAGAUAUGUCAAUAUCAGGAUAUUAAGGACGAUUUCAAGGAUUGCUGGGAAGUCUUCCUCAACGAAUUAACCACGACCAUGGAGUAUUUGGAUUAUGGAAUUAUUUACGCGUUCUGCAAAUCAUCCACCCAACUAACCCUGGAUCAUAUCUGCAAUUUCUUGUUGAAAAAUCUCUCCAGUCCGGUACAUUCGCUGCGCACCCUUAGCAUGUAUAUGAUGCGUAAUUUAACACCCUAUUUUGUGGCCGAUGAUAUUGAAAUGUAUGACAUAAAAUCGGAACAAAUCGACAAGGAUGAACACAAGACGAUAAAAUGGCAUUUCUUAAAUCGUUUUGAAGAUUAUCUGGGACGUUAUGAUAUGCCCAUAAGGAAAUAUUUACAAGAGUUUAGUUUCAAAUUGACUGAAAUCUCUGAACUGCAACCGGUCGAUCGCCAUGAAGCCUUUUCAUAUCUAAUGCUUUGGGAUUGUAUCAUUUAUGCCUGUGCCAAGUCACCGGUGGCUUUGCGUUCGGUUUAUACCACAUUUUUACAUGAAAAUAAAUACGAGGAGAAUUUACUGCACUUCCUGUUCCGUUGUAUGCCAGUGGAAAUUUUAAAGAAUCACAGUACCAAACAGCUGAAUAAUGACAUCUUCAAGGGUCUAACAUGGUCACAAAUAAAGGAUCCCAACUUAUCAUUGGAGAAAUACACCUGCCACCUUUACACCGAUGUCCUUAGUAAAUUACCCGCUGUCGUACGUAAAUGGUGGAAUACCAGUCCAUCACGACAAAAGACCUUUGUCGAUACCCUUACAACGAAUUUCGUAUCACCUAUCAUUUGUCAAGAAGAACUAAUGGCCAUUGCUGGGAAGAAGGAUAAACAUGAAAAUAUGCAGGUUACCGUACACAUAUCGACACGAGAAGUUUUGGCUGUCUAUGCCAUUGAUGAGGCACGAAUGGAAUUGGUCAUAACCUUGGCAUCAAAUUACCCUUUGGGUUCCGUUAAGGUCGAUUGUAAUAAGCAAAUUGGUGGCCGAGCCUCAUCACGUAAUGUUGCCAUGCAAUUGACCAUUUUCCUCACCCAUCAGAACGGCACAAUUUUCGAUGGCCUGGCCCUGUGGAAAAAUAAUCUGGACAAGAAAUUAGAGGGUGUCGAAGAGUGCUAUGUCUGUUAUACAGUCAUACAUCAGGAUACUUGCCAGUUGCCGAAAUUGACAUGUAAAACAUGUAAAAAGAAAUUCCAUGGGCCAUGUUUGUAUAAAUGGUUCACAACCAGUUCCAAAUCAACAUGCCCCAUCUGUAGAAAUGUCUUCUAAUUAUUCAGCAAAAAAAGAAAUCUAUA